CAAACACCAGAACACCCUAGAAGGUUUAACUAAAAGAAUGCUCAUGUUUGACCCAGUUCCUGUCAAGCAGGAGGCCAUGGACCCUGUCUCUGUGUCCUACCCAUCGAGCUACAUGGAGUCGAUGAAGCCCAACAAGUAUGGGGUCAUUUACUCGACACCGCUGCCCGACAAGUUCUUCCAGACGCCGGAAGGCCUGUCGCACGGGAUGCAGAUGGAGCCGGUGGACCUGACGGUGAACAAGCGCAGCUCGCCGCCCUCGGCUGGGAACUCGCCGUGCUCGCUCAAGUUCGCGGCCGCGCACCGGAGGGCCUCGCCGGGCCUGAGCCUGCCGUCGUCCAGCCCGCCCAUGAAGAAGUACUCGCCGCCGUCCCCGGGCGUGCAGCCCUUCGGAGUGCCGCUGUCCAUGCCGCCCGUGAUGGCAGCCGCCCUGUCCCGCCACGGCAUCCGCAGCCCGGGCAUCCUGCCCGUCAUCCAGCCCGUCGUGGUGCAGCCCGUCCCCUUCAUGUACACGAGCCAUCUCCAGCAGCCGCUCAUGGUCUCCUUGUCGGAGGACAUGGAAAACUCCAACAGCAGCAUGCAAGUACCUGUAAUUGAAUCAUAUGAGAAGCCUGUAUUACAGAAAAAAAUUAAAAUAGAACCUGGGCUCGAACCACAGAGGACAGAUUAUUAUCCUGAAGAAAUGUCACCCCCUUUAAUGAACUCAGUGUCCCCCCCGCAGGCAUUGUUGCAAGAGAAUCACCCUUCAGUCAUAGUGCAGCCUGGGAAGAGACCUUUACCUGUGGAAUCCCCAGAUACCCAAAGGAAGCGAAGGAUACACAGAUGUGAUUACGACGGAUGCAACAAAGUGUACACUAAGAGCUCCCACUUGAAAGCACACAGAAGAACACACACAGGAGAAAAACCCUACAAAUGUACAUGGGAAGGAUGCACAUGGAAGUUUGCUCGGUCUGAUGAACUAACAAGACAUUUUCGAAAACAUACUGGAAUCAAACCUUUCCAGUGUCCAGACUGUGACCGCAGCUUCUCCCGCUCUGAUCAUCUUGCCCUACAUAGGAAACGCCACAUGCUAGUGUGAAUUGCCUCCAGAUCCCGCCUCAACGCGACUCCCCACUCACCUGGCUCUCUCUCUGUCCUCCCUCCCAUUAUCUAACUCAUUUUUUACAUGUACAUUUUAAUUUUGAUUCAGCUGGUCUGAAUCUCUGAAUUUAUAUCAUUCAAAACCUCCAUAUGGUCAGUAGUAGAUAUUCUCUAAUCUUCCCUCUCCUUACCACGGGUCAGACCUAAAGAAUGUGAACACUUUUUUUUCUGGGGAUGCUAAGCAAACCCUUCUUACAGAUAACGUUUAAUGUAAUAAGAACAAGGGAACAUGUAAACUAUACCAUAACCAAUUGUCGGUUUCUCCGUGUAUUCCUCAAAAGAAUGUCAAAGUAAAUGUAUUAGAAAUACAGUAUCCAGCCUGCUAGUCCUUGCCAGUGACCUUCAUACCUCUGUACCCUGUGAUCACAGCUGAUGCUCAACAGCCAAAAGAAGGGUGGUCCCUUUCACCAGUAUCUAGAAGAUUUCAUGCUAGUGCAGUCAACUCUUCCAUUGUCCUUCACAAAUCUGGCUUGUCAACCUGGAUUUAUCACUUCAUCUAAAUCAAGUCCUUUGCCCUCUUUUGUGCCUGCAGCUCCUAUGGAGGUUUUUGCCACCACUGGGAGAUGAGCCAGAGCUGCUGAUUUAGGUGGGUGAUGUGUAGCAGUUCAAGGGAUGGAAGCUGUGCUUCCCUAGCAUGGAGUAGGAGCAGAGGGGCAGAGCAGGAAGGAGCCAGCGAUCCCUCCUGAGCUAGAGGUUAUCAGUGACGUUUCAACAUCCGGUUAGCUGUGCAGGCAUUCCUGGAGCUCAGCUUUCUGUGCUUUCUCAGCUGCACAGAACCAUGCUGCAAAGCCAAAUACCCAUGGAGCUGUCCAUGCAACUAUCUCCGUUCUUACAGUGUCCUUAGUAUGGAUCAUCAAGCACUGAUGGUAAGGACUCCACAAAAAUAUUUGCCCAGCAAUGCUAAAAAAACCUUUGGGUAACAGUAUGGAUGGAUUUUCUUUUACCCAACCUGAUUAUAGCUUUUUUGCAAACAGGGAAAUGUUGAGUGGUACUUGUAUUCCCAUAUCAAAGUAAUCACAUAGCUUUUAUGCAGAGACUCUUCUGUGUGAGCUGUAAGGUGCCAAGUUGGCUGUCAUUUGUGUUCAUGAUGUAUCAUAAAUAAGCAUCUGCUAAUGCUUUAGUAGAUUCAUUCAAUUAAGACCUGAGUGACACUAUUUGUAAAUAUAACUAGUUGUGAAGCACACAUAUCUUUAUUUUGGGGACAGAUUUCUAGAAAAUACAGAAAACCACAGUUCAGGGAUUCAUAUCUCUAGCUUGAAAAUUCCUAAAAGUUUACUGUUGGAGCUGGCAAUUUCUAUCACUCGUGUCCUCUCAGAAGAACAAACUGAAAAUAGUGACUCGUGUUUAUGUUGAAGGUAAAUAGCAUCAUUACUGGGGGAAGUUUUUCAAAAGCAGGCUUUUGAGCACCAUAGUCUAAAUGUUAAUAAAAAUAAUUCAUACAUAGAAAUGCCAUUGGUCCUAAAUUUGGAGAAAGUGGGCAAUGGUGGUCAAGUGUGGGUGCACGUUACCAAAGGCCACUUCAUCCCUCCAUAAAGGAUGGAGGAAGAGAAGAGAGGAGGGUGGAAUCCUGGAGAUUCAUCCCAGCCACAGCUCAGGAUCCAAUACAACCUUAACCGGGAGGAGUACGUUGUUUAAUCAUCCUUAAAACAUCAGCGAAUGCGUGAUUCUGGAGGCCUGUGAAUUGUGUGGGGAGCUUACUUUGAUGGCGCUAUGUUAAUAAGUUUGUUGUAGGGACUGGGCACUCGGAGGUCCCACUCAUCUGCCCUGUGAACCAACCGAAGGGAAAUGUAGUUGAGAAAAGCAAAGAAAUUUGUAUCUUGGCACUUGGGUUUCAUUUUCUUUGUUUUGGGGUUUUUUUUUUUAAGCACAGCAAAGUUUGUUUAGAAUAUUAAAACAUUCUAAUUGGGCUUUUUUUUUUUUUUUUUCUUUUUUGCAACUAAGACAUGAAAUGGAUAAAAAUGGCUCUUGGAAAAGUAGGUAUCGUCUGUAUUGUAAAUGCUUAGUCACAUUCAUGCCAGCGUGUUCAUUUCUUGAAAUGGUUCUUCCACAACACACUGAAGAAUGGAGUUGGAAUGCGUUUUGAUGGAGAUAACCAGUUUAUGUAUGUUCCAACCCGAAUAGAAAGGGGGGAAAAGGGCAAGAAAGGAUAGACUUGAUCUUCUUUGAAUCAGCUUUGAGUCUGAGUCCAGUUAAUAGAAAGCUUCAUGGGUUCUCAUGAAAUUUGAUGCGUUUGCUAUGGCAUAUUUAAAUUUCAUUCAAAAGAGCAAGCAAGAUCGCACAAAGACUCUAUUAUGUUACAGUUUGGCUUGCUUAGAUUAUGUUAACAGUCCAUUAACAAAGAUCCAUUUUAACUCUGAGAGAAGCAACCCAGAGAAGCCAGUCUCUAUUCCUAUGCUGGUCAAUAUGCUUUAGUUACCAAUUGGCCCUUACUAAAUUUUCCUCAUAUAUAUAUUUGUAUUUUACUAUGAUAGUUGAGGAAUUUAGUGUCUUAGUCAUUUUUAGCUGUUAUUGUGGAAGACCUCAAAUAUGAGAUAAGAUGCCCUUUGACAUGUGGUUUUAAUGAUGUGCCAUGUUACUAUCAAUGGUGAUUUUAUUGCAAUAUUUUUAAUUGAUGAGAAUGAUUUGUAAACAUGAAGUUGGUGUCAUGUAAAUUGUUUGUUAUAGAGUUUCUUCAAUUAUUAACCCAAACGUCAUCUUGAAAGAGAAAUCAGAAAAAUUAAAUCAGAAUCCACCAUAUUUUAGAGUUUUGAAAUGUGAAUCUACAUCAUAAAUGGGCAUUAACAUUCUAAAUCACUUGGUUUGGAGAAUAUGUUAGCAGCAUAGCUAUGUUCAACUAAGGAGAUGCUAAAUACGCAGAAGUUUCAAGAGCCUCAGAACAGAAUUACAGGGGAACUAUAUAUGUAUAUGUAUAUUUUAUCAAACACCAUCUGCACUAUCAGUAUUGCACUAAUGUGGAGUUUGAAAGACUAUAUUGCUGAUACUGUAUAUCUGCACAUCAUUCCUGAUUAGAUUGUUUUAAAGACAAUCUCGAACAGCUGAGGUUUUAAAAUAAUUUGUUUUGAAAAUAUUCAGUCGUCUUGAAGGAAUUGCCGUCAUACGUGAGGUUGCUCAGAGUUGUCUUUAUUCUCUUCUUGGUCAAGGUUAACAAUUUCUAAAUGAUUGCGAAUUCACUUAAAUAAUACAUUUACAAAGCCAUUUUACAUGCAUUAAACGAGGGCUACAACAAUAUUUUACAAAUACUAGCACUUUUUUUCUGUUAUGUAUUUAGUGUUUAGAGGGUCAAAAUAAUCUUUCUGCUUAGCAUCUCUUAAACCAUACCUGCAAAUAUAGCAGGAUUAUUACAUUUACAGUACUUUAAUACUUGUAUAAACUAUGCAGAAAUUUUUAAUAAAGUGUAAUAUAUUUUAUAAGCUAAUAAGACUGAAUGGGUAAAGGUUUUUAGCAUGCAUUAGUAUACUUGCAAAUACUGAAACAUUUUGGUAAUCUUUCUUACUAAAGAUGUGAAUGUUUAAUGUACCUUCUCUGUUUCUACUCUGUAGUCCAAUGGGAAUUCAGUAAUGACAUUUUGUCAUGUCAAACUGUGAACAUAAAUUUGUACUGUACAGUCCUCAUAUACUAUAUACAGUAUGCAAUAUAUGUAUUAUAUACUUGUUAAUAAAACCAUCAGAAUAUUGA